AUGAAGUUCUCUACGAUCGCCCUUUCUGUUGCAGCUGUCCUCGUAUCCGUCUCGUCUCGUCCUCUUUUGAGAAGAGAUGUCGAUGCGAGCCUCGUUCCUUCAUUCGGAGUCACAGCCGGCAUCCAUGACCCUAACUCGGCGAGCUGCCUUGGUAUCGACGGGGCUAAUGGUCAACCAAUCCUUAUCCCAUGUCAAUGUCCGCCAGCCCUUGACACUUUUCUCGAUUCAUUGAACGCCAACGUUGCCGCUGGUUUCGCGGUGCACAACCCUAGUGUUGCAGUCGCGUUCCCCCAGGACAGCUCCACUGCGUCACAACUCACGCGUCUGGAGGCGUGUCUCGUCACGCUUCAGAAUCUCAACGGGACCGGACAGGGCUGCCCCGCAUCGUCCACCACCUGGGUCGCGCUGCAGAAACAGAUUGCGGCCGGAGGAUCCUCCAGCACGCCGGCAUCGUCCGUUGCCGCCGCUCCCAGUGCGCCUGUUGCAUCAACCGCUGCAGGAUCGUGUCCAGUCAUCUCCACUGUUACCGUGGCGAGCGCCACGGCCGCGGCCUCAGCGUCUACGGCAGCAGCCGUCUCCACUCAGGCUGCUAUCGCAUCGAGCGUGGUCUCGAGCGCCGCCCCUGCGUCCACGAGCGCCGUCACCUCCUCCAACGUGACCAUCGAUGAGAGCCUUGUUCCCCAAUUUGGUGUUACCGCUGGGCAGAACCCCAGUGGCACUGGUAACUGUGAUGGAAUUGAUGGCGCCAACGGACAACCUAUAUUGAUUCCCUGUGCCUGCCCUCCCGACAGGACUUCUUUCAUUGACGAAAUGAGCGCGAACGUCGCUGCCGGCUUUGUCAUCAACAAUCCGACAGUCAAGCUCACCUUCCCGCUUGAUAACUCUACGAACUCACAACUUGCACGUCUCAACGCCGCGGCGGUGACCCUGCAGAACCUGAACGGACCGGGCCAAGGCUGCCCGGUUGCGUCCACGACGUUCUCAGCGCAGCAGAAGGCCAUCGAGGCGGCGGCCUCGUCUUGA